UGCCGUACGCACAAUUUGGCCGCAUUAGCGCCCAGAGCGAGUAUAAGAAUAAAGGCUCGAGCCCACAACUCUCUAGCACUUCACAAUGUCGAACCAUCAAGCGCUUGUCGAAGCGCUCUUGAUGAAAUCAAUUCUUGGCCAAGAGCUCGUGGAUACAAAGUUCCACAUAUUCUCAGGCCGCUCAGCACAUCUACGUAAAGUCAUCCGACUCCAAGACUUGUCCGCCAACGACAUUGUCCUGACAGCACGUUCCGUGUUUUUUGCCGAACUAUUGUCCAGGACGGGAUCACCUGACGCCACAUUUGUUGACUUCGAUGGUGGCUCAGAAUUCGAAGAUGGAAUAGCACUUGAUGACUACGGAUACACAUCUGACAGCGAUCUUGAAGAUGAAGAAGAGGAAAAAGCUAGUCAGACGCCUCCCGGCGACGUGAGUUCCGUCCUCAAGGGAAACAUCAGUGAAUCAGAUGAAUCAGAUGAAGACGACGACGACUUACUGGUUGUGGCAGACACUAGGUCCGAAAGCGAUGCCUUGACCAGCCCACCACAAGCAGAAACGCCUAUCGCUCCUAUUCCAGUUCAACAUAAACCACAAACUGUCAACUACCGGAACAUACUCGUGCGAGACACGGCCUUCAGGACAUUGAAAGCGCUCUUGCUGUAUCUGUAUACGGACAAAAUUUCCUUUUCCCCACUCAAGUCCCAGGGACUGCCCAGAACUGAUGUGGAGACCCCAAACCCUAGCACUUCGUGGCCUUGCUCACCGAAGUCGAUGUAUUGUUUAGCCUCCAAGGUUCGACUCGACAGCCUUCGCGACCAAGCUUUCUAUGCAAUACGUAGUAGUCUGGAUGCGAAAAAUAUUCUUCACGAGCUUUCUUCAUCAUUUACAUCCAAGUAUCCCGCAAUCCUGCAAAUGAAUGUAGAAAUCCUACUCCAGCAUAUCGCAUCUGUUCCUGUCAUCCAAAAUAUCCCUGCGUUGCUCGGGAGGAUCACCGACUCACAACUGCCCCAUGGAGCAGACAUUAUCAUUAGUUUGUACCAGAAAUUUCUGCUGCAGCACCAUCCUCAGGCGCUUGCGCUUGCUCAGGCGCCGAUUGCUCAGGCGCCGAUUGAGCCUCAGAAGAUUACUAGUGGCCCGAAAAAGAAAGUUAAGAAGGGCACAAAAUUGCGCCUGGUGUAAAUCGCAUUGUAUGUAUUAUGUCUAUGAACAUCGUUGUCGAUCUUGUUGUCGCAAUAGAUUGCUUUCUUCCUUC